UAAGAUCCCUAACCAUAAUAAUAAAUUCCUUGAUCUGGUAUUAUCAACUAAUAAUACAAUUAAUACUUUGGCUGUCACUGACCCCCUAGUGCAUCUAGAUCCACAUCACCCGGCUUUGGAAAUCUCUGUUAAUCUUUCACCACUUCGAUUUUUGAAAAAGAAAACUAUUAAUAAAUUUAACUUCAAGCUAGCAAAUUAUUGAGAUAUUAACAAAGAUUUAUCCAUAUAUAUUUUACUCGAUAGUUGAUUCAAUAAUUGAAAAACAUGUUCCGAAGUCGUCUUGCAACUCAGGUAAGUACCCUAUUUGGUACUCCAAAAAUCUCAUUAAGCUUAUCCGUGAAAAGGAAAAACUCUAUAAAAAAGUAAAAUUGUACAAUAAUCCUGUUGAUAGGUUCGAUUACAGCGAAGCUAGAUCUCGAUGUCAUCACCUAAUCAAGAAAUGUUAUACAAACUAUUUGAGAGAGGUUGAGGAGUCUAUUAGUUGUGGAAAUAUUAAGGCGUUCUGGAGUUACAUUAAAAAUAAACGUAAAAAUACUGAUUCUAUACCAGGUCAAAUGUAUUUGGAUGGAUGCAGGUAUGAUACCCCGAGUUCAAUAUGUAAUGCGUUUGCUAAGCAUUUUUCGUCCGUUUAUGUGGCUGAUGCUGAUGGAUCUCAAAAGCAAGAUGUCUAUUCAGAUUGUUCCUUAAAUAAUAUCCUUAACAAUAUCUCCAUAUCAGAAGUUAGUAUAGAGAGAGCUCUGAAGGAAUUGGAUCCAAAGAAAGGAGCCGGACCAGACGGUAUACCACCUACAUUUCUUCGUAGCUGCGCGUCUGCUUUAUCAUAUCCACUAUAUCUCAUAUUCAGCCACUCACUCUCUUCUGGGAAUUUUCCGACACGAUGGAAGGAAGCCAAUGUUUUGCCAAUCCCUAAGACCGGUGUAUCUAAUGAUGUGCGAAACUACCGACCUAUCUCAUUACUGUCUGGUUUCUCUAAGCUUUUCGAAGCACUUGUUUGUCAGUAUUUCGCUAAUACUUUUAAAUCUGUUCUUGCUUCGCAACAACAUGGCUUUCGCCAGAAAAUGUCUACUGUCACUAAUCUCUCCUGCUUCAUAACGGAUUUGUCAGAGGAGCUAGACCGGGGCCGACAGGUGGACGCUAUAUACACUGAUAUAAGUAAAGCAUUUGAUAAGGUUAACCAUAUAAUAUUAUUAAAGAAGCUUCAUUCAGUCGGUGUGCAUGGUUCCCUCUUGAAUUGGUGCCGAUCUUAUCUUGUUCGGAGGUGUCAAAAAGUUGUUGCAUGUGGCUAUGAGUCAAGUCCCUUUUACGUUCCGUCAGGCGUCCCCCAGGGUUCUCAUCUAGGACCUAUUUUCUUUUUAAUAUUUAUUAAUGACCUUGUCAAUGUCGUUCAACAUUCGGAAUGUUUACUGUUUGCAGAUGAUUUAAAAGUUUACAAAACAAUUGAAAAUUUUAAUGAAUCCAUAUUACUGCAACAGGAUCUCAAUAGAAUAGCUGAGUGGUCUUCAAUUAAUAAACUACCAUUGAAUCCGGAUAAAUGCAAACACAUAAAAUUCACAAAAAAGCGCAACGCUUUAAAUACAUCAUAUUCUAUCAAUUCCCAUCUUUUAGAAGAAGUUUCGAGCAUUCGUGAUCUGGGGGUUGUUUUAGACCAUAAGCUUUCUUUUCGUCAUCACUAUGAUCACAUCAUAGCAAAAUCUUUAAAGCUUCUUGGUUUUAUAUGGCGUAACUGCAAGCGUUUUAAGAAAAUUGAUGCUCUAAAGGAUAGACUGGACUAUUUCAAGUUUACUUCGCUGGAGGAUCGUAGGUGGGUGGCCGACCAGGUCUUGUUGUAUAAAAUUGUAAACAGUGUAGCAGAGUGCCCUAAAUUACUAAGUAAUGUGAAAUUUAAAAUACCUCGACCAAACACCAGAAUGGCCAAUAACCUCCGGCCGGGCACGUGGUACGAGAUCCGCGUGGUGGCGCGCUCGGCCGCCGGCGACACCGCCGCGCUCUACCGCGCCGCCACGCACACCGCUAACGGAGAACGCUUGGGCGAGCCGGUGGAGCUGCCGCUCGAGGCGCGGGGUCGAGCUGUGGGAGCGGCGGGGGUGGAGGAGGGGGCGGGGGCGGCGCCGUGGCGCGGCGGGCUGGCGCCGCUGCUGCUGGCCGCAGGGGUCGCCGCGCUGCUCGCCGCCGUCGCAGGUCUGUCAGAUACCAGUGUAUCACGAGAUGCCGCUCGAGGCACGCGGUCACGCGGCGUGGCGCGGCGGGCUGGCGCCGCUGCUGCUGGCCGCAGGGGUCGCCUUUUAUAG